CUUCACCCCCAUCCCAUUCGUUCUCAAGGAUCACCCUUUUCACAAUGAGAUCGCCAUUUGGGACGACGAUCGACAGUGAUCUUCAUAUCAACAUUGCAAUUGGCUUCUUCGUCUUCAUCGCCUUCGUCAACAUUAUUGCUGUGGGCUACCAGGCAAGGAUAAUCUUCCCGCCAGCACCAGUAGAAAGGGUCUAUACCUAUGAGGGGCAAGAUCACCCAAGGGAGUUGCAUCUCGACCUCGGCGAGCCAGUGGCGCUCACCGUCGACGAUGCCGAACAUUUCCAGCUCGCUGCACCAGAAGCAAUGUCUGAAUGGAACUCAAUAUUUCCUCCUGGGCGUGGAUUCAUUCAUCUAGGUCCGAACAAACGGCGGUUUGGGACGAGUAUGUUCCACCAGAUUCACUGUCUCGAUAUGAUUCGUACUGCACUUCUAUCGGGAUCGACCACAGAUCAUAUCCAUCACUGCUUCAGCUACCUGCGACAAAUGGCAUUGUGCCAUGCUGAUCUCACCCUGGAAGAGGGCGUGCCAGCGCUGGGGCUCGACCCUACCGGGGAGCUGCCUGUUGAUGGGCUGGGAAUGACUCAUACGUGCAGGGACUGGAGCAAGGCAUAUACGUAUCUGACGGACGAGUAUUUCAACUACAAGGAGUGGAGAAAAACGCACAACAUCACAGCUCUAUAGUGGCGGCGAGCCUGAGAGGGCGCUUUCUUUCUUUUGGGUGUGGAUGAAGACUCAUAUUUAUCGCUAUCAAUUU